CCGGUCGCUGCUGCCAUGGCGCUGGAGACCCUCUCCCCGGACUGGGACUUCGACCGCUUCGACGACGGCUCGCAGAAAAUUCAUGCUGAAGUACAGUUGAAGAAUUAUGGGAAAUUUCUUGAGGAAUAUACUUCUCAGCUGAGGAGAAUAGAAGAUGCAUUGGAUGACUCAGUUGGAGAUGUUUGGGACUUCAAUCUUGAUCCUAUAGCAUUAAAGCUUUUGCCCUAUGAACAGUCUUCCCUGCUGGAGCUCAUAAAUACAGAAAACAAGGUUCUGAACAAAGUAAUAACUGUGUAUGCUGCCCUUUGCUGUGAAAUCAAGAAGUUAAAAUAUGAGGCGGAAACUAAAUUUUAUAAUGGCCUCUUGUUUUAUGGAGAAGGAGCCACAGAUUCCAGCAUGGUGGAAGGUGAUUCCCAAAUACAGAUGGGAAGAUUUAUUUCAUUUUUACAGGAGCUGUCUUGUUUUGUUACACGGUGCUAUGAAGUGGUGAUGAAUGUAAUUCAUCAGCUGGCUGUUCUCUAUACCAGCAACAAGAAUGCACCUAAAAUUAUAGAGACAUCAGGAGUUCAUUUCCAGACUAUGUAUGAGCAUCUAGGAGAGCUGCUGACAGUCUUACUCACGCUGGAUGAAAUAGUUGACAAUCAUGCCACUCUGAAAGACCACUGGACCAUGUACAAAAGGCUACUAAAAUCUGUCCAUCACAACCCUUCAAAGUUUGGGAUUCAGGAAGAUAAACUGAAGCCAUUUGAGAAGUUGUUAUUAAAAUUGGAAGGCCAGUUACUUGAUGGGAUGAUAUUCCAGGCCUGUAUAGAACAACAGUUUGACUCUCUCAAUGGAGGAGUGGCUGUCUCGAAGAAUAGCACUUUUGCCGAAGAGUUUGCACAUAGUAUUCGCACAAUUUUUGCAAAUGUUGAAGCUAAACUUGGUGAACCCUCAGAAAUUGACCAGAGAGAUAAGUACGUAGGAAUUUGUGGUCUCUUUGUACUGCAUUUUCAGAUUUUUCGGACAGUAGACAAGAAAUUUUACAAAUCGUUACUGGACAUUGGCAAAAAGGUGCCAGCCAUCACAUUAACUGCUAAUAUUAUUUGGUUUGCUGAUAACUUUCUGAUCCAGAAAAUGCCAGCUGCUGCCAAACUUCUGGAUAGGAGAAGCCAUCAUGCGAUUAAAACUCAAAGGGAGAAUUUUCUACAACAGAAGGCUCAGUUACUUACCAAAGAGAUGCAGUCAUAUUAUGUCUUUGUGAGCUCAUGGAUGACAAAAAUGGAAUCUAUCUUGUCUAAGGAACAGCGGAUGGAUAAGUUUGCUGAAGACCUUUCUAACAGAUGUAAUGUCUUUAUACAGGGUUUUCUUUAUGCUUACAGCCUUAGCACCAUCAUUAAAACCACAAUGAAUCUCUACAUGUCAAUGCAAAAACCUAUGACCAAAACCUCAGUGAAAGCAUUAUGCAGACUUGUGGAACUUCUCAAGGCAAUAGAACAUACAUUUUAUAGAAGAAGUAUGGUUGUGGCAGAUUCUGUGACACACAUAACUCAGCAUCUCCAGCAUCAGGCGCUUAACUCUAUUUCUAUAGCCAAGAAAAGAGUAAUUUCUGACAAAAAAUACAGUGAACAGCGCUUGGAUGUGCUCUCUGCUCUGGUAUUGGCUGAGAAUACCCUGAACGGGCCAAGUACAAAACAGAGGCGCCUUAUUGUUUCCCUUGCACUGAGUGUGGGCACACAGAUGAAAACAUUUAAAGAUGAAGAGCUGCUUCCCCUCCAAGUAGUUAUGAAAAAACUGGACUUAAUCAGUGAACUUAAGGAGCGCGUCCAAACACAGUGUGAUUGUAGCUUCUUGUACUGGCAUCGAGCAGUCUUCCCAAUUUAUUUAGAUGAUGUGUAUGAAAACGCAGUUGAUGCAUCUAGAUUGCAGUACAUGUUUAGUGCAUUACGGGACUGUGUUCCUGCUAUGAUGCAUUCAAGACACUUGGAGUCCUGUGAGGUACUUCUGGAGUGCUAUGACAAAGAAAUCAUGGAAGUUUUAAAUGAGCACUUGCUGGACAAAUUGUGUAAAGAAAUAGAAAAGGAUCUACGUCUUUCUGUGCACACACACUUAAAGCUUGAUGACAGAAAUCCUUACAGAGUUGGGAUGAAGGAUCUGGCCCACUUUUUCUCUCUGAACCCAAUUCGAUUUUUCAAUCGGUUCAUUGACAUCAAAGUUUAUGUAACACACUACCUAGACAAGACCUUCUACAACCUAACAACUGUAGCUCUUCAUGACUGGGCCACAUACAGUGAAAUGAGGAAUUUAGCAACUCAGCGCUAUGGCUUAAUUAUGACAGAAGCACAUCUUCCCAGUCAGACUUUAGAACAGGGUCUGGAUGUUUUGGAAAUCAUGAGAAAUAUUCAUGUGUUUGUAUCUCGCUACCUCUACAAUCUCAAUAAUCAGAUCUUCAUUGAGAGAACUAGUAAUAAUAAGCAUUUGAACACUAUCAAUAUCCGGCACGUUGCUAAUUCAAUUCGAACUCAUGGCACAGGAAUCAUGAACACAACAGUUAAUUUCACUUACCAGUUUCUGAGGAAAAAGUUCUAUAUCUUUAGCCAGUUCAUGUAUGAUGAACAUAUCAAAUCCAGACUGAUCAAAGAUAUCCGAUUCUUCAGGGAAGUCAAGGAUCAAAAUGAUCAUAAGUAUCCCUUUGAGAGAGCAGAGAAGUUCAACCGGGGCAUCAGAAAACUUGGAAUAACGCCUGACGGACAAAGUUACCUUGACCAAUUCAGGCAGCUCAUAAGUCAGAUAGGCAAUGCAAUGGGCUAUGUGCGAAUGAUAAGAUCUGGUGGACUUCACUGCUGUAGUAGUGCAAUUAGGUUUGUUCCUGACCUUGAAGAUAUUGUUAAUUUUGAGGAACUAGUGAAAGAAGAAGGACUCUCAGAAGAAACACAAAAAGCAGCAAGAGAGACUUUAAAAACAAACCCGCUUCACUAAUCCUAUUCCAAGGCCUGUUCAGAUAUCAUUGAGGACUCUGGGGAAAGCACCACCUGGCCACCUUGGCUUGUGUAGUGGAAGGAAUGGAGGAAAAUGAGCAUUUUCCAUUUGGAACACACUGGUGAAAUGUGUAGGAGGAAACCAUUGCUUUCAACUAUAUUGGGCUCUUCUCAAAAGUAUUCUCUCAUACAGAGAAUAGCAAUAGCUGGUGGUGGCCUAUCUGAACCACAUUUGCUAAAAUGUGUUCUGAACACUGAUGUAUUUUAAGUGAUUCACGCUUAGAUUUCUGUUGGUUUUCUUUCCUUGUUUAGAGGCAUCAGAGUGUGACCAGCAAUGGGUACAGGGAAUAUCUCAAUUGGCAAAACUUUCUGAUAGUCAUCUUUCAAAGCCUGUCUUAAAACUGAACCUUAAACUAUUCUUUUGGGGCUAUGGAUGGGAAACAAGCAAAUCUUCUGCUUUAUAGCCGUUACCUGCUGCUAAAAUAAGCUCCUUCUUGUUCUAAGUCUAUGGAUAUAACUGUAUUCUGCUCACCUAUUAGCUGGCUAUAGAUCCAGAUAAAAUAACAUGAGCUUUCUUUAUCAUUUCUGCUGUGAGCAAAUACUAGAUUUGUCACUUCAUCCAGGUGGAAAUUCUGAGUUAAACAGAGUGGUGUUUUGAGGAGGUCGAGGAAAGUUUUACCAUGUUGCCAUAGAGUUCCACAACCUUUCGUGCAGUCACGCUUGCUAUACAGGUCUGGCUUAAUUCCUUGCUAUAUGCUUUCUGAUUUGAGAUGUAAACUAAUAAAACUUUGCACUCGUUUUCUCACUACUUCUUUGUCAUUGAAGGGAGCUGUCUUUGCUUGGAGUGAAUCUCUAGAAAACGUAUUCCCAUAAUUCUGAACUUUUUAAGAGUGGAUACGUAUAAUUUUCUGUUAUCCAGCUUCUUUCUGCAUUCACCAGUAAUGGUUAAUACCCCACACUUAUAGAAUUUGGAGGCAGUCCAGUGUUGCUGCUGGAGGCUCCAGGACUAAGCCUAGCCCUUCAGCUCAGGCCUCUAGAUUUUCUGUCUCCAGCAAUGGAACAAGUUGGUGGUUCGGUUUCCUAUUACCUUCUUUCUUCAUGCAGCAGCAAUUUAUCUUCCUUCUCUUCCUCUUCUUCCCCCGGAUUGAGUAUUUGACAGUGAGAUGGUUUCAACCACCAAGCUCCACCAACGAAGCACCCUCCUCUCCAGGACACCUCUGCCCCAUUCAGGCAUGGCAGAGCUAUCCUGAAAACAGCAGACUAAAUCUAAGCCGGGUUUUCCAUGCGAGGCACCAUUUACAGGCUCUUCAGAGGGCAAAUUAUGUCCUGCCUGUUCUCUGUCAGGGCAUGGGGCUCAGACUGGACCGGUAUGUCAGGUCCCCCCAUCCCAAGAGCUGCAACUCUAAUGCAGAGUCUAAGGAUGGGGAGGAUGCUAUCCAGUCAGCUUGGGGUAAGUCCUCCCAACAGAUGGGAGGGAAGGAGAGAAACAACCUGCCCUCCCUCUUCCCCCCCCUCCCCAAUGAUCCCAAAGUCCCAUCCUCCAGAUACUGAAAUGGAUCCUCUGCUCCCUGGGGAAAGAAGUGGGGCUCCUACACCAUUCCCCUUCCUUCCACUAGGAAUUGGGGCAAUUUCCUGGUACUCGGGUAGAUCUAGCAAACCCUGAGAUUCUGGAAUCCCAAAAAUCAAAAGCUAGCAUCAGCUUUUGCAAGGCAGCAAUUAGUAUUACUGAACAAGUGGGGUGAAAAUCCAGGGUCAAACCCCCUCUCCUUUGACUUCACCACCCUGCUCCCUCGAGGGAGUGUUUGCUGGUGCUUUUCUCCUACACAGAAUCUCUCAGUGUUCUGUAUCAAGCUAACUGCCCCUUUCCCACCCGACAGCAUGUCUGGCCCUGCAGAAAAGCCUGUCGUUCCCAGGAAGCCCUCCCUCAGAUUGCUGCAUAGUAGAAAUUUCAGUCCAAGGACCCUCACUCACAGCCAGGGAAAGGGGUGCAGAUUUCAGGCAGCAGCAGUAUGGGAAUUGUGCCUACUUAUCAUAGUAAUAAAACCUUGCUCUGCCAGGGAAAGGGGUUUUCUCUCUCCCUCUCUUGCUCCCUGUCCCCCUCCGCUGGCUGGCUGCUCAUUAAAGUGUAAGGAGUACUUCAGGCAGCCUGUGACCAGAACAGAGGCUUCUGAGGAUUCUGCUCCCCAUGAAGUUGCACCAUUAUGGGAUUACAGAGGGGUAAGUGAGAAAUUCCUUCCCAGGUUCAAAAUGAUCCUGUUACUGAGUAAAGCCCUGAGUGGUACGGGGCUGCUCCGACAGUACUUACUUGGGAGCUAGCCAGCCUUGGGGAGCAGGCAGGCAACCUUUCAUGCAGACAUCUAAAAAGUGACUUCUACAAUCGAGGUUUGAGUGGUCCUCAGACCAGGAUACGCAGCAUGUUAUCUUCCACCUGUAAACUGCCAGGGGAAGUACCACACAUGCACUACCGAAAAACAAACAAAAACAAAAUUAAAAAAACCCCAACCAAACAGAACAAAUCUGCAGGACUUUUCCAGGCCAGGAUGCUAGUGGCUUGCAAGGUACUUUUAAAUAUCAUCCCUUUCAAGCAUUUUGAAAUAGAUUAUUUUCUGUAGAUGUCUCCUUUGAGGCCAUCAUAAGAUCCAAAUGAGGACAGACUACUGAUUUGAAACCAAAUAUUAAGCUAAAAUUUUGUUCUAACCCUUAGCCAUCCCUUUGGAAGUUGGUGGCAUACAUGGACAUUCCUAGCACUCUAAAGAUAUAUCUCAAGCAUAUGGAGUACAAAAGCCAAGGGUACCCUGUUCAGCUCACUCUGUCCAAAAUGCCAAGGCUCUAGGGCCUUAAAGUUGCUGCAGGCAAGAUGUUAGAAUUCUGCACCAGUUGGCAUGCUAGGAAUCUGGGAAACUAUUCACAGAAGUCUCUUGGAGUAUUGGGGAAAAUGUGUGUGACGGAUUGAAUCACAGAAACCCCCUUGGGAGCUGUCAACUGAUGUGCCAAGACUACUACUGCCCCUACUUUGCCAGCCAGCUCGGGACCCCUGCACUCUGUCUUGUUGAGCCAGACAUGCCAGUCUGCUCCAACACAGACCCAGGGUCUGAAUUACUUGCCCCAAAGCUGCAGACUUGACUGAAAGCAGCUAACAGAAAUGUUCUUAUCUUUAACACUCAGAUGCCCAACUACCAAUGGGGUCUAAAACCCAAAUACAUCCGUUUUACCCUGUAUAAAGCUUAUACAAGGUAAACUCAUAAAUUGUUUGCCCUCUAUAACACUGAUAAAGAGAGAUGCACCACUGUUUGCCGCCCCAGGUAUUAAUACAUACUCUGGGUUAAUAAGUAAAAAGGGAUUUUAUUAAAAAUAGAAAGUAGGAUAUAAGUGGUUCCAAGUAGUAACAGACAGAACAAAGUGAAUUACCAAGCAAAAUAAAAUAAAACACGCAAAUCUCUGUCUAAUACAAUAUACAAUAUGAUGGGGGCUAAUUUAGCUACAACAAGUCAGGAAAAAGAUCUUGGAGUCAUCGUGGAUAGUUCUCUGAAGAUGUCCACGCAGUGUGCAGAGGCGGUCAAAAAAGCAAACAGGAUGUUAGGGAUCAUUAAAAAGGGGAUAGAGAAUAAGACGGAGAAUAUAUUAUUGCCCUUAUAUAAAUCGAUGGUACGCCCACAUCUCGAAUAUUGUGUACAGAUGUGGUCUCCUCAUCUAAAAAAAGAUAUACUGGCACUAGAAAAGGUUCAGAAAAGGGCAACUAAAAUGAUUUGGGGUUUGGAACGGGUCCCAUAUGAGGAGAGAUUAAAGAGGCUAGGACUCUUCAGCUUGGAAAAGAGGAAACUAAGGGGGGAUAUGAUAGAGGUAUAUAAAAUCAUGAGUGAUGUGGAGAAAGUAGAUAAGGAAAAGUUAUUUACUUAUUCCCAUAAUACAAGAACUAGGGGUCACCAAAUGAAAUUAAUAGGCAGCAGGUUUAAAUAAUAAAAGGAAGUUCUUCUUCACACAGCGCACAGUCAACCUGUGGAACUCCUUACCUGAGGAAGUUGUGAAGGCUACAACUAUAACAGUAUUUAAAAGAGAACUGGAUAAAUGCAUGGUGGUUAAGUCCAUUAAUGGCUAUUAGCCAGGAUGGGUAAGGAAUGGUGUCCCUAGCCUCUGUUUGUUUGUCAGAGGAUAGAGAUGGAUGGCAGGAGAGAGACUGUCAUUGCCUGUUGGUCCACUCCCUCUGGGGCACCUGGCAUUGGCCACUGUCGGCAGACAGGAUACUGGGCUAGAUGGACCUUUGGUCUGACCCGGUACGGCUG